AUGUCGGUGUACUCCUUCUACAUCUUCGACCGACACACUGAGUGUAUCUACUCCAAGCGAUGGACCUCACCUCCCGCCAUUCAGAAUCGGGCGUCCGCUCAGAGUGCCCUGAGCAAUGGCGAGAUGCCAGUGUCUGCGCGACGUGCUCUCAAGGCCGAAGAUGACGCCAAGCUCAUUUUCGGUACCAUAUUCUCUCUGCGGCGUAUGGUCCGCCAGCUUGGAGGAGAGGACGAUCAGUUUCUGUCUUACAGGACGGGAGAGUACAAGCUUCACUACUUCGAGACGCCAACACAGCUCAAACUCAUCAUGCUCACCGAUACGCGAGUGGGAAACAUGCGGACUGUCUUGCACCAGAUCUGGGCUACGCUCUACGUGGAAUACGUGGUGAAAAGUCCUCUCUCGCCACUCGAGCACCCAAAGGGUGUCGGUGUUGCCAAUGAGCUUUUUGAAGGCGGUCUCGAGACUUUCAUCGCAUCCAUAUUCCAGCCGCAGCAGUGA